AUGGCGGAAGCCUUUGGUCUCGCAGCGAGCGUUUUCGCAACUAUCCAGAUUGCAGAUCGGGUGAUAUCAAUUUGCAAGAACUACAUUGAGAGCGUCCGGGACGCACCCUCCGAUCUCCGCACGAUCCUCGUCGAGACCUCAUCAGUAGGAGCCGUCUUGCAGAAUGUCGACUUUCUCCUCAAAUUCGAAGAGCCAGACUCGGCUCUCCGUAAAGCCUUGGACGGCGAUGAAGGGCCUGUCGGUGAAUGUCGGGUCGCCAUCGAACAGCUGGAGGCAUUGCUCGCCUCCGACCAAAACCAGGCUCAAGGGCCCCAUGAUUCGAAAAGAAGAAGAGUGCAAGUUACCUUGAGAAACUUGGCAUGGCCGUUGAAGGAGACCAAGGCCAAGAAGAUGCUUCAAGAUGUUGCGCGAUGCAAGAAUACUAUUAGUCUCGCACUCACUGCUACGUCCAGUCAUGACAUCAAGGUCAUACGCGAGGGGACUUCACACAUUCAACGAGUUCUGACAGAAAAUCAACGAAGCGAGGUUUACAAGUGGCUCAAGCAUACCGACCCUUCAUCAAUCCACGACCAAGCUUGCCGAAAUCACGAGCCUGGAACGUGCGAAUGGAUGUCCCGCACCCCAGAAUGGGACCAGUUCAACCAGGGGGAUAUACGAUGCCUCUGGAUUCAUGGGAUUCCCGGAGCCGGCAAAACUAUCUUGGCUUCUCAGCUCGCCGAGAAAGUUGAGGAGAAUUGCCGACAGUCUAGUUCAACUGCUUCCAUAUCAAUUGGGAUCCAUUACUACUGCUACUUCGGACGCAGUCAGGACGAAUCAGCCCCAUUUCUACGAUGGAUCCUCGAUCGUAUGUGUAGGGAGGUUGAACAGGUCCCGGAUUAUCUUUGGAAAUUAUUCAAGAACGGUCGAGACCCCAGCACUAGCGACCUGCUUACUGCUCUCGAAGCUGCCUCGCACUACUUCAGCAGUAUUUCUAUCACCAUUGACGCCGUAGACGAGAGCAGCCCCCGGGAAGAGCUUCUCAAGGUCCUGCGAGAUCUAGCUACCGACCACAGAUUCUCAAAGAUUCGCCUCCUUGUAACUAGUCGUGAAUACCUGGAUAUCGAAAAAGUCAUGAGCGAAAUCUCGACGGAAGUGAACAUGCGAAACGACUAUCUCGAUGCUGACAUACGGCUAUAUACUGAAUCUCGACUGGCUACCAAUGAUAAGCUGAAAGACUGGUCAGAAGGUUUGCGCAAAGAGGCUUUAGAAGCGUUGUCUGUUGGCGCAAAAGGAAUGUUUCGCUGGGUUGUAUGUCAACUCGACGCUUUACGAAGAAUCAAAGGUUCUCAAAGUGCCAUCAUGAACGAAUUGAAGCACCUUCCAAAAACACUCAACGAAGCAUACGACAGAAUUUUCGAAAUGAUACCUGAAGAAGAUCUACAAGUUGUGGAUUCAGCCCUUGAUUGGAUCUGCUUCAACUACAAAGUCUUUGGACGUGAAAAAUUCAGUUGCAACGUGCUCCUUCAAGCCAUCGAAGGAGACCUCAAUCGACAAAAUUCAUGCACCCGAGAUUACCGCUACGAUGCCGAGCUGCUUCUAGAAUUAUGCGGCUGUCUCAUCAAAGUCACCGAGACCGACCACCGUUUCCCGUAUGGGUAUUACGAAGUCUCAUUUCCUCAUUACACUGUCAUGGAAUAUUUGGCGGUAUCAACUCGCUUCAGGCCGACCUCUUGCUUUCGUCUUGAUAAAUACGCAUGUUUAGGCGGGCGAGCAAGCAUCAUUCUUUUGGAAGUAUUCCGGUCUCCACUUAAUACGAUUGGCAUGCUCGAGAGCGAUGAAGAUUGUUUGAGCGACCCAUGGGACUGGCAAAUGGACUUCCGAGCGUAUUGCGCUGUUUCGGCCAUCAGGUUGAUACUCGACUAUGAACGGUCCUGCCCAGAAAAUGAGGAACUUGCUACCAUGCUUACAACUCCGCAUCCUUCAAGAACUCAUCCUGUGGAUGCGAUUCUGCGGUUGUACGAUAUGAUCGUCUUCUGGGAUUUUAUAGAUCAUUACAACCUCGGCGACACAUUUGAGCUUGUAAGAUUCGCUGCAUCAUCGCCACCUGAGUCUCGUAUUUUGGGUUACUUCUUGCACAUGGGUGCUUUCUAUUUGGUCGACUUCAUUCUGCAUAGAUUACAUGAUCCACGGAACCUGUUCCGGACAAUGAUUGACGUGAAAUACGACUUCUUGAAUGACGAAGCGUUUUCUCACUUUCGCACUUCUCUCUGCGACUUGAUUGUUAUCAUGAGCGGCGACAGACCUUCUGCGUUGAGACACCUUUUGAAGACUUGGCCCAGAAUUCUCGACUACAGCAAUAUUCUCGUCUCAUACAUCAUGUGGCAUAAACAUGAAGCCCGGUACGUUAGCUGUGAUGGCUGGUGCACACUCCAGGAAAUGCUACGUCUGGGUGCGAAACUAGAUUCAUCGGAAUUCGUAGCUACGCCGCUGCAAAUUGCCGUGGCUGGUUUGGAUCUGGAAGGUGUACGUAUUUUACUGGAGGGUGGAGCGAAGCCGAAUGCUAGAGGGAAUCCAGGUGUGGUAGAUCGGCCAAAGCAUGGCAUAUUGCGUAAGUGUGAUCAUCUGAGUGGUAUGUCCCCGCUCCAAAUAUGUAGAUAUGGGUUUCAGCUGGCUUUUUUGGAAAACGUUUACAGGAAGAUGGACGUCUUGGAGGAAGUUCUCGACUACCGCCGGCAAAAUUUCAAGAAGAUCUCAGGUCAAAUCGAGGCUUUGCUGUGCGAAUACGGUGGUAUUUAG